CAAAAUGGCCAACAACCGAGAAUGUUAGGUUACGUUUUUAUUUUGUUUAAAACAACUUUAUCAACAACAUUAGUUUAUUACUUUUUAUAUUUUACCUCUCGUUGUUAAGCAUAAAGUGCACACUCUACAACAAUGAAGUUCAGCAAGGCCCAAAUCGCCGCUUUAGUUUUAGGUUAUUUGCGUCGCGAAAAACUCUCUGACGCCGUCGACGCCUUCCUCAACUCCUGCUCGUACCUCCACGAAAGCGACGAAAAAAUCAAAAUGGGGAAAUACUUCGUGACGCGAGUCGGGGGCUUGACUCUGGUCGACUAUCUCGAGGAGUACAGCGAGAUCUACGCCAUCGUGCAAGCCCGGAUUGAAGAAACCGACUGCUACGAGCGCUACGAUAGACCCACUCUAGUCCAGCAGCUUUUAUUUUUACUAGAUCAGGAGCAACCCAACUUGGCUACGUCAACACCGGUCAUGAGUGCCCCCUGCGAACUGGAAGCCACCCCAGCGCACGAACUACCCGGGAAUAGUUCAAUCGACAGUGACGGCUCACUACCAAAGACCCCAAAAAAACGCAACCCCAAAAACAAGUGCAAAGAAAAAGAAGACGUGGUGGAGUUGGAAGUGCUGACGCAAUCGUUAUUGGAAAAGCACGAGUUGCAUGAAAAAAUCGCCGAAACUAUUAACACCGUGAUGAACACCCCCGAAGUCGCCAAACCCGUAACGGACGAGCACAUCAGCGCAGGCGCCUCCAAGGAGCUAGAUGCCGUUAUUAAAACCGUGAUACAGAGGACGGAGGAGGACCCCCUUUACAACAAACUGAUCGACGAAAUUAUCGGCCAGAAUUUUUGUCCAACGAAUUGCGAGAAUCAAAAGAAGUCUGUACCAUGCAGCACCCCCACCACGAGCCUCACCGUGGACGACCCUCCCGCCCCCACCCCUCCGAGCGACCCAAUGGACGACCACAACAACGACGCCAUUCGCUCCAUAAUCGAGGCGGCCCAAAACACAGACCCGCCUCCCGCGCCGCCUCAGCCCGAAAGCGCCGCCCCUUCCAAAACCGAAUCUCAGCCCAACGGCGAGGUGUACGUGUUCGACGGGAACCUCGACACGUACUUGAAAACGUCGGGGGUGACCAACACGAUCAACUCCAAUCCUGUGUUUUUCAACCCCGGGGGGCUGAUCGUGGUGCCGCCCCCGGACCCCACCAAACAGUUCUACAUCGUUAAUAAUCAACCGUUGAUAAAAAUGAACGUGCCGACGGUGGUCACUGAGAAAGAACUCAUGUCGAUGCCUACGGUGAUCGUGAGCGACGAGAAUCCGUCGUGCGCGAAGCGCACGAAAAGCAAAACGAAGGGGGAAGAUGGGGCGGCGAAGAGUAAGGUGACGGAAGGGUUACUGGUGCCGUCCCCGCGCGAUAACGUCGUGGUUACCAGGCAGGCGUCGCACGUGCGGAAUCUCGACUUUUCCACACCGAGUUCCAGGAACGAGGGGGCGAAGCCGAAGAAGAAGCAGUCGUGGGACGAGGAUCUGCGGAUGUUGGUUGGUGGUUGUAAGGAUAAGAGCCCCUUGAAAAAAAAGCGCCCCACAACCGCCAAAAAGAAGCCGAAAAAGCCGGACGACAAACCCCCUCUGGACGAAAAAGUCGAUGAUCCCGAAAACCUGUCUUUACUAACUCCGGUUAAAGACGCCGUUCCUAAGACUCCGGGUGCUCCGGAUGCUGCCGCGGACACGUCUAACCUCCACUGCACCCCGUUUACGGCAGUCCUCGAGGAGCAGCUGCAAGGUGUUGAUAUAAACUCGCUCCCCACCCCUAAUAUCCCGAUCACUCCUGGCUUCACCCUGACUCCGGGGGAGGUGUUAGGACCCAACCAGAGAUUGACCGACUACUCCACCUCCAGUUCCUACUACCAACCCUCCGACUCUGAGCAAAAAACGAUGACCGACCUCAUCGAGGAAAGCAAACAACUCGACACCCUCUCCCCCACCAAACCCAACAUAAGCAUUCUCAGUAACGUGGUCAUAGAAAAAAGCAAAAACAACGGGAUCGGAAAGAAGAAUUUGAGUUUGAUUAAGCGGACGUUGUCGUCGAGUUCGAGCGAGUCCGAGUCGGAUUUGGAGACGACGGCUGAAAGCACGAACAAGACGGUGAUUUGUAAGAAAAACCACACGACGGCGAUUAAAGAUAUUAUUAGCAAUGUGGAGGUUAAGAGUACUCUGGACGAGGAAACGCGCAAGAAAAAUCUUCUCUCUCAAUUGGAAGAAAAGAGGCAGAGGACGAUACAGAAAAUCAAGAACCCGGAAGAGCCGAAGAAGGCGGCGAGAGGGCGAAAGAAGACUGAGAAGACUCCGAAAACGCCGAAAGCGACGAAGAGGAAAGCGAAGAAGAAGGUGGUGAGUACGGAGGAGAACACGGAUGAGGAAGCGCAGAAGUUGGUGACGAAUUUGGCGGAAAGAGGGAUUCAUUUGGUGCAUAACAAGACGCCGAAGAAGACGGAGGUGAAGGAAAGCGAGACACAGGAGAACGAAAGUGAGGAGACUUUUGACACGAGAACUUACGAGGAUGAGGAAAUCGUGGAACAUAAUAGUAAAUGGAAAAAGAGGAGCUUUAAAAGCUACGAUUUCACGCUUUCAACGAAGAGCAUGUCUGCGAAUGUGUUCAUAGAAGAGUUGAAUACGGAAAUGACGAGGACUAUGAAAUGGGGCGAUAUCGAGUGCGUUUUUGAUUCCACGAGAGUGCCGUCUCCAGUUAAGGACACUUCAGCGGAAAUGGACGAACUGAUGGACUACUGCAUAGUUGGUAGUGUUAGGGAAGAAUCUCCAGAUAUGAGCGAAGCGAAAGGGGGGAAGAAACGGAAGUCGAAGUUCGAUGACGACGACAGGAAUAAGGAUAAGAGGAACAAAACGUUCGAAAAUCUUCUCAAAAAUAUUGACGUGGACGAUUUUCUUAAUAAAGUACACGGAGAAUAGAGUUUAAAUUGUGUAAAUAGCAUUGUAAAUUUUUAAUUUUUUUCUGUUUCUGUUGUAAAUAAAGAUAUUUUUAUUUA